AUGGAACUCAAGCUCCUCACCUCCUUGGCCCGAGGCCAACCCGGAGUCCUCCACUACUGUGUACGGCCCCCUUCCUCCAACCAACCUUCCCCACUAACAACCCAGACUGAAACCCUCGUCGCCUUCGAAUACACCCGCAGCCACGUUCCCAAACCACACACCCUAGUCUUCGUCGGCGGACUUGGCGACAGCCUAGGCUCAGUCGACUACCUCAACGAUGUCGUGCGCGCCCUAGACCCCUCCCAAUGGAGCGUUUUCUCUCUGAUCUUGUCCUGCGCAGGCGGCGGCUGGGGCAUGGGCCGACUAGGCAAAGAUAUCGACGAACUCUCUCAAUGCGUCUCCUACAUCCGCGAAUACAAGACCCCUCAAUUCGGCGCUGGCAAGGUAGUCAUCAUGGGCCACUCGACCGGCAGCCAAGACGUGAUGCACUACAUCAACUGCCCGAACCCGCGCCCGGCACACCCGGUGUUCGACCGGAACUGGAAGCCGAUCACGCGGGUUCCCGUCGACGGCGCAAUCAUGCAAGCGCCAGUCUCAGACCGCGAGGGAAUUCUGUGGGUGGUGAAAUGCGGGACUGCGCGCGACAGCCCGAGCAAGAUGCGCGAAAUCUACAAUAAGGCCGUUGCGGAUGCCCGCCGCGCAACGUACGACGAUCAUGACUCGGUCGAUACCGUCGUUCCGCUUUCGGUGACUUCCAGAAUCGGGUACCCGCCAUCGGCGCCUGUGAGCAGUCGUCGGUUUUUGAGCCUAGUCAGUCCGGAUAGUCCGGAAAACCCGUCUGAGGAUGAUUUGUUCAGUUCGGAUUUGAGCGAUGAGCAGUUUCGGGGGACGUUUGGAAUGAUUCGCGCGAGGGGACUUUUGAAACAGAAGAUGUUGGUGCUUUACUCUGGAAGGGAUCAGUCAGUUCCUCCUUGGGUUAAUAAAGAAGCUUUGUUGAAGAGAUGGCAGACUGCUGCUGAUGAGGGUGGGAGGCAGAUUUGGGAUACGAGGAGUAUGGUUAUUCCUAAUGCUUCGCAUGCGCUGAGUGAUAGUGAUCAGGCGGAGCCGCGUCGAAUUCUGGUUCGGCAGGUCACUGCGUACUUGAAUGAUAUUCAGCGCGGGUGA